UAUUUAGAAUUCAUUAAUCUUUGCAAAUUAUUAAGCACCAAAAGCAAACGAAACAUUUUACUAAGUCCCAAUCAAAAAAUGGCCUUCAACAGCAAGCCCAAGAAACCUUAUGCCAUCCCAUCUCAAUCUAAAUCCAAUCUAUGCACCACACUUUUCUUCAUUGUUCUCUUCACUAUCCCAGCCCUUUUCCUCCUCCAUGCCCCAACCACCUCCAUUUGCACCACCUUAAUAGCCAACCAUGCCAGGCCUUGGUCAGGUGAUCUACGCAAUGCAGAAUUUGCAUGGAACCGUCUUGCCUUCAUUGAAAAUAAACCCCCUCCAGUCAAGCUCAAGAUUGCUGUUUUCUGUCGCAAGUGGCCUCUUGGCACAACCCCUGGUGGCAUGGAACGCCAUGCCUACACUUUACACACUGCCCUAGCUCACCGCGGCCAUCAAGUGCAUAUCUUCACCUCUCCUGUAGAUGAAAAUAGCCCAUCCGUUUCUCAUGCUAGUGUAAUAUCUUAUCCACAAAUUCAUUUUCAUGAAGGGGAACCGGGCAAGUGGAUACAUAACAAAGCAUGGAAGCAAUUUGAAGAGGAGAAUCAGCGUGCAAAACCAUUUGAUGUGGUUCACUCGGAAAGCGUGGCUUUGCCUUAUUGGUUAGCUCGCAGAGUUCCAAAUCUUGCAGUUUCUUGGCAUGGUAUAGCUCUUGAAGGCUUACAAUCAAGUAUUUUCCAGGAAUUGGCACGAAAACCAAAUGAGGCCAUCACUCCUUAUUUCAAUAGAAGUCUACAAGGUUUUGUCCCUAAAGUGCUUGAUGAGAUAAGGUUUUUCAAGAAAUAUAAGCAUCAUGUUGCUAUUAGUGAUAGUUGUGGUGAGAUGCUUAGGGAUGUGUACCAGAUUCCUAGAAGAAGAGUUCAUGUAAUUGUCAACGGUGUAGAUGAAGAUGAUUUUGGAGAAGACGUGAGCUUAGGCCACGAGUUUAGGUCUAGAAUUGGCGUCCCAGUUAAUGCUAGUUUAGUACUCGGUGUGGCAGGAAGAUUAGUGAAAGAUAAAGGGCAUCCACUUCUUUAUGAAGCAUUUUCCGAGUUCAUGAUAGAACAUCCUGAUGUUUAUUUAAUUGUGGCAGGGUCAGGUCCAUGGGAGCAAAGAUACAAAGACUUAGGCCCCAGAGUCUUGGUUUUGGGAUCUAUGAGUCCAUCUGAACUGCGGGCAUUCUAUAACUCCAUUGAUAUCUUUGUGAACCCAACACUGAGACCUCAAGGCCUUGAUCUUACACUCAUGGAGGCAAUGAUGAGUGGGAAGCCAGUUAUGGCAUCACGAUUUCCCAGUAUUAAGGGCACCAUUGUUGUUGAUGAUGAGUUUGGUUUCAUGUUUUCUCCAAACGUGGAAUCAUUAUUGGAGACCUUGCAAGCUGUGGCGAUGGAAGGAUCUAGAAGACUAGCUCGAAGAGGGAAGGCAUGCCGGCAAUACGCUGCUUCGAUGUUCACUGCCCGUAAGAUGGCACUGGCAUAUGAGAGGUUAUUUCUCUGUAUCAAAAAUGAAACCUUUUGCACUUAUGAUUAGUUAGAUUAUAGUUUUAUUUAUUCUUUUGGUUUUAAAUUUUUAUUUUUUUUAUUUUUAUUUUUAUAACAAGCAGUGUGUUAUGCAUUUAACAC